AUGGGCUUACCUGGUGGCUUUAACGUCGGUGGAUCAGGGGUGACUCUUAACGGCGUCCCAGCAGGAGUCGUCGCACCUCAGAAGAGAAGCAAGCAUAAAGUGAAAGCCAAGGGCCAGCUACGAAGAGCCGGAGGGAAGAUAUGGGCCGAUCCAACCCUAUCAGAAUGGCCCAGCGAUGAUUUCCGGAUAUUCUGUGGCGACUUGGGUAACGAGGUAACGGAUGAGUUGUUGUUGAGCUCCUUCAAACAGUACUCUAGUUUGCAGAUGGCCAAGAUCGUUAGGGAUAAACGAUCGGGGAAAAGCAAAGGCUUUGGUUUCUUGAGCUUUCGCGAUCCCGAAGACAUGAUUAAGGCGUUGAAGGAGAUGAACCACAAAUACGUUGGUAACAGGCCUAUUACGUUGAAGAGGAGUAAGUGGAAGGAUAAGAACAUAGAUUCCGGAAGGAACAAGAAGAACCCUUUGGACUUUCACGAACUAAUCCCUCAAAGAUGCAAGAAUCUGCAGAAGUUCAAGAAACUGAAAAAGACGCGAGCGGAUGUGCCGGGUUCCAUUAAGAAGUGA